UUUCCUCUCGCCACGCUUUCCUCGGGUUUCUGGGUUGGUGCGGGGAGUUGGCCACACCCCCUUCCCUUCCCCCCCACCCCACCCUUGACCUUCGCGGUCCCCGAAACCCUGAUCAAAAAAGUUCUCUCACCACCACCCCAAAUAAUAGGCCCUGAAGUGUGUUUUGUGCCUUUUGUAAUAAGGCCUCGGUAAUCCUGAAAAAGGAUGCUUUUCGCAGCCUAUAUCCGGCCAGGAGUGCGUGUAUAUUUUUCAUUGUGAAGUUCUGUUGUGAAUCGAAUGAGUCGUCUUUUCAGCUCUUGAUCUUGGAAUGUCCGAGGGUACUGAGAGUCUAAAAAGGGUUGAGUCCAGAUAGGUGGUUUGAUAAGUAAAAGUGAUGUAACAUUAUUUUCCCUGCGCUCCUUAACAGCUCAUACCAAGCACCCGAGAAAAACCACCUUGGAUGUUGUUUCUUAGGCCUUUAAGGUAUUUCAACAACAGUCAGUACCUGCUGGGCGUGUCGUGGUCUGCUACGGAACGUCUCUGACCCUCCGAGUCUCAACCAUGCUGUCAAACGGCUUGCAAAGUUUCCUAAAAGUUACAAGCCCUCAUCUAAUACACACAGGGUUGUGCCAGCGAUUGAUAAGUGAAAGGAGGUUUUUCGGAACUGUGCCAACACCCAGAUUGCGUAGGCGGGUUGUCGUUACAGGCAUUGGCUUAGUGACUCCUCUGGGUGUUGGCACUCAGCUGGUGUGGGAUCGUCUUAUCCAGGGAGAGAGUGGAAUCGUUUCACUGGUCGGUGAAGAGUAUAAGAGUGUCCCUUGCAGUGUUGCAGCUUAUGUGCCAAGAGGUUGUGACGAAGGUCAAUUCAACGCACAAAACUUUGUGCCCAAAUCAGAUAUCAAGUCCAUGUCUUCUCCCACCGUUAUGGCCAUUGGGGCUGCUGAGUUAGCCUUGAAAGAUUCCGGCUGGCAUCCUCAGUCAGAAGCUGACCAAGUGGCUACUGGUGUUGCAAUUGGCAUGGGAAUGGUUCCCCUUGAAGAGAUUUCUGAAACCGCGUUGAUGUUUCAGACGAAAGGUUACAGUAAAGUCAGCCCAUUCUUUGUCCCUAAGAUUCUGAUCAGUAUGGCCGCAGGCCAGGUCAGCAUUCGCUAUAAACUCAAGGGCCCCAAUCAUGCAGUGUCCACGGCCUGUACCACGGGAGCUCAUGCUGUGGGAGACUCUCUGAGGUUCAUAGCCCACGGCGAUGCUGAUGUGAUGGUGACUGGAGGUGCCGACGCUUGCAUCAGCCCUUUGUCGCUGGCUGCGUUUUCCAGAGCCCGGGCUUUGAGCACAAACUCUGAUCCGAAGUCGGCAUGUCGGCCAUUCCAUCCCAAGAGAGAUGGUUUUGUGAUGGGAGAAGGUGCAGCUGUGCUGGUGCUAGAAGAACACGAGCAUGCUGUUCAAAGAGGGGCUCGGAUCUAUGCAGAGAUUUUGGGCUACGGACUCUCAGGUGAUGCCAGUCACAUAACCGCCCCUGAUCCUGGAGGAGAAGGUGCCUUAAGAUGUAUGGCUGCUGCUCUAAAAGAUGCAGGUGUACAGCCUGAAGAGAUAUCCUAUAUCAACGCACAUGCUACUUCCACACCGUUGGGAGAUGCUGCUGAAAACAAAGCCAUCAAACAUCUUUUCAAAGAGCAUGCCCACGCCCUUGCGGUUUCCUCCACCAAGGCAGCCACAGGACACCUGCUGGGGGCUGCCGGGGCCGCUGAGGCAGCUUUUACCUCCCUGGCUUGUUAUCAUCGAAAACUGCCACCUACUUUAAACCUGGACUGUACAGAACCAGAAUUUGAUCUCAAUUAUGUUCCACUCAAGGCACAGGAAUGGAAAACUGAGAAGAGAUGUAUUGGACUCACCAAUUCCUUUGGUUUUGGUGGUACAAAUGCAACACUUUGUAUUGCUGGCAUGUAGGACAAAUCAUCUGUCAUUAAAUAUUGAUUUUUUUACCUGUUAUAAACUGCAUUAAGUUGAGAAAUAAUAUGU